AUGCCGCGACCCAGCAGGGACUCCUACGGCGACCAAAAACCCCCUUACUCGUACAUAUCGCUGACGGCGAUGGCGAUAUGGAACUCGCCCGAGAAAAUGCUCCCUUUGUCCGAAAUUUACAAGUUCAUCACCGACCGGUUCCCGUACUACCGCAAAAACACGCAGAGGUGGCAGAAUUCGUUGAGACAUAACCUCUCUUUCAACGAUUGCUUCAUCAAGAUACCGAGGCAGCCCGACCGGCCCGGAAAAGGUGCCUAUUGGGCUCUCCAUCCGGCAGCUUUCGACAUGUUCGUCAACGGUAGUUUGUUGAGACGACGCAAACGUUUCAAACUCCUUAAAAGCGACAAGGAGAUCUUGGAGAACGAACUCGCGGCCCUCACCAACAUCAACAGGUUAUUUUUCACGCCACCGCCCGCAAAUCCAGCGGAAUUGGUGAACCCGGCUGCGUCGGUGGUACCAGGUGGUGGUAUCGUUCCUCAAUUGGAACCGGCUUCGCCGACCCUGGGUAAGACCGCCGGAGCGGAGUCCACGACCUGUAUCAGGCCCAAGAGGUCUUUUACGAUCGAGAGUCUGAUAUCUCCGGACAAACCGACGCCCGUGACACCCAGCGCGACCCAUUUAAUUCCUCACGUUCAUCCCUGGGUUCUGUCGUCGUGUUACGACCUGUCAGCGUACGCUUCGCCCAUGCUGAUGCAGUCCACGGCUUCCAAUCCUUACGAUUACGGGCUAGGCAGCAACAGCGAGGAAUUGUUCAGGGUGUCUCAGUUAUAG